ACCGACCGAAGGAAGCUGCAGAGGCUGGGGGACCGACCGAGGGAAGCUGCGCUCCCACUGACGCGCUCAGGGGACACGGGUCCCUGCUGCGCUCCCUGGCUUAGCUGGACUCCUGGGAGGAUGAUAUCCUGCUUCCCCUCAUGCUGGGGAUGCAAACCUGGAGCAGUGAACGCCGCCAUGGGUAAACGGCUUUCUCCAGCAUCAUAAUCAAAGCCCUGCUGGUACAUACCUGCUGCCUCCAGCCCCAUCAUGGGGGAGGUGGUCCAGAUGCACUUCACCACGGUGGACUACGUCAUCUUCGUUCUGCUGCUGGUGGCCUCUGCCGGCAUCGGCCUCUUCUACGCCUUCUCCGGCGGGCGUCAGCGCACGACACAGGAGUUCCUGAUGGCUGACCGCUCCAUGAGCUGCCUCCCAGUGUCGCUGUCCCUGCUGGCCACCUUCCAGUCCGCCGUGGCCAUCCUGGGCGCGCCGUCUGAGGUCUACGCCUUUGGGACACAGUACUGGUUCCUGGGCGUCUCCUACUUUUUGGGUCUGCUAAUCCCAGCCCACAUAUUCAUCCCGAUCUUUUACAGACUGCGUUUGUCCAGCGCCUACGAGUAUCUGGAACUGCGUUUUAACAAGACGGUUCGCAUAUGUGGGACUGCGACCUUCAUCUUUCAGAUGGUCAUUUAUAUGGGGGUAGUGCUUUAUGCUCCAGCUCUGGCUCUUAAUGCAGUGACAGGUUUUGACCUGUGGGGGGCAGUGUUGGCUAUGGGACUAGUGUGUACUCUCUAUACAGCUCUGGGCGGGCUAAAGGCGGUCAUCUGGACCGAUGUGUUUCAGACCGUGGUGAUGUUUGCGGGGCAGCUGGCUGUCAUUGUGGUGGGAGCCGGUCAGGCCGGUGGUAUAGCUGAGGUGUGGAGGAAAGCCACCAAUGGCAGCCGCAUUGCUGGGCUUGACCUGAACCCAGACCCUCUGGAGCGCCACACCUUCUGGACGUUGGGUGUCGGAGGAGUCUUCCUCAUGUUGGCUCUGUAUGGCGUCAACCAGGCGCAGGUCCAGAGGUACCUGAGCUCCCGCACUGAGAAGGAAGCAGUCAUGUCCUGCUAUGUGGUUUUCCCGUGCCAGCAGAUCGUCCUGUGUAUGGGCUGUCUGAUGGGUCUGGUCAUGUUUGCUCGCUACGGAGAGGACAGCCCUCUGGUCAAGGGCUACGUCAAAACCACCGACCAGAUGGUGCUGUACUUUGUCAUGGAUGUGUUCAAGGAGCUGCCCGGCCUGCCUGGACUGUUUGUGGCCUGUCUCUUUAGUGGAGCGCUCAGCACCAUCUCCUCAGCUUUCAACUCCUUAGCAACGGUAACCAUGGAGGACCUGAUAAAACCUUACUUUCCAAACAUGACUGAAUCAAAGGCCACUCUUAUGUCCAAAGGACUCGCUUUGGUCUAUGGACUGGUGUGUCUGGCUAUGGCCUACAUUGCCUCCUUGAUGGGAUCUGUGCUGCAGGCAGCCUUCAGUAUCUUUGGCAUGGUGGGCGGCCCCCUGUUGGGACUCUUCUGCCUGGGCAUUUUCUUUCCUUGGGCCAACCCUAAAGGUGCCGUGGUCGGGUUAGUGGCAGGCCUGGCCAUGGCCUUCUGGGUGGGGAUCGGAAGCUUUGUGAUGCGAAUGUCCCGCUCCUCAGCAGGACCCGCUCUGAACACCACCGCUCUGCCGCUGUUUGAUAACAUGACCUCCACUGCUCUGGCCUCCAUGGUUACCAACCCCACAGCCAAACCCAGACCAACAGGAGUGGAAGCUCUCUACUCGCUGUCCUACAUGUGGUACAGCGCUCACAACUCAGCCACCGUGGUGGUGGUGGGGCUGCUGGUCAGUCUUCUCACAGGACCUAUGAAGGAGAAGGAGCUGACCCCAGGGACGGUUUUCCCCGUCCUCGGGACGCUGCUCUUCUUCCUGCCUGAGCGCUACAAGGAGAAGCUGUGCUGCAUCACUCCUCUGGCCAUGAAGGCAAAGGACAUUCAUACUCCGCCUUAUCAGAUGGCAAAGAAGGACAGCAACGGGGCGGCUUUCUGCGGGGAGGACGCCGCCGCAGAGGAUAAAUCACAAACGGAGGAGGAGAGAACUCUGCCUUCCUGCCAGCUGACGGCUCACAUAGUGGAGGAGACGGCCUUAUGAUGCUUUAAACCGCACACUAUGACUUUAGCUGCUGUCGGACCCCGCCUCCCCGUUCAAACCCUGAUUAUAAAGCUGAUCACCACGCAGAGGGGACCGACCAUCGCCUGAAGCAGGUUUACGAGCUGAAAGGAGCAGACCGACGGGUGGGAGGUCGCAGAAAGGAGGCGGCUGCUGCUUUCAGACUCUCAGAUCAGACACACCUGUUCAGAUGCUCCAGUGUCGCGCAGGGAAUCGUUGCACAAAUGAAAUAAUUUAUUUUUGUAGCAUAAAAAAGAGACGGAAAAUCUAGAGAAUAUGAAGAUCUAAUUAAACUAAAAUCAGAGAUGGAAGCGAGAUCGAGUGCAAAUAAUGUCACGUUUUGCACAGCUUGGUUUCAACCCAACAAACCUUUUUAGCUAUUAAUAAAAAAAGAGUGGCUAAAUGUUUUCAUAGAGAUGAAGCUGUGGUGAUGAGAGCAGAGGUCAACCGGAGCCAUCCUGACAGGAACCAAAGAAUGCCGACUGAACGCCAGUUUGGUCGACU